GCUAGUAAAACAUAAAAUGAUAAUAAAAAUAAAUGACAUUCCAUAUCAAAAUAUUGAAGUUAUAUUAUUGAGUUAUUGAGUAAAAGAUUUUGUAGUCAUAAAUCAUAAUAUAAAAUUGUAACCCUUUUUCAAGACAAGGUAAACUGGUAUGGCAUAUCUUAAGAAUUUAUUCAAAAUCUAUUAUUUUACCCAAGUUAUUUUAGCAUACAACGCAUAUUUUUGUGUAGCUGUAACAACAGAAAUAAAGGGUAAUCUACCAAAAGCAUCAAUAAUUUAUAGAAUACUUAAUGAGUUUUUAGGACCAGUUAUGAGAUCUUUUCCUAACGUUGUAUUGAACAAUUUUCAAGAACUAGUUGAUAAAACAAUUAGAGAGAAGAUAAAAGAGCUGCAACCUCUACUUCAAGACAAUGAUAUGAUGGCUUAUGAUGAAAACAUGAUGUUGGAAGAUAAAGAUGACACUACGAUAUUAGAGUUUCUGCCUAAAACAGAAGAACAUAAGAAAAAGAUCGAAGAUCCAUUCAAAAGUAAUCUAAAGAAAUACAAAAAGAUAAGAGAGAAAAUAAACAAGGCUCUUACAAAAGAAUCGGUUUCAGUGAAAACGAAAAAUCUUGUAGUCAAAACUUUGGACGUGUUGAUCAAGACUUUACUCAGCAGUCAAUGCAAAUGGAAGAGUCGUGCUGUGAAAUCCGAGAAACCAUCAGACAUAGCAAAUAAAUGGAAUAAGGGUUUGCAGAAUAUUAAAGAUGUUCUUCUCAGUUUUCUUAAAAAUAGAUCUGUUCCCACGAGACGGAAUGAUGACGUUUUGAAUUUUUUAAACGCGCUUAAAAUAAUGUUUCGAAGUAUCACAGAGGAUGUUGAUGUUAUUUCUAAAAAGUAUAAAAUUCUAUGCGACUUUGUACCGAAGGAACACAAUUAUCCUAAAGAUGCCAUGAAUGCCAAUGCUUUAAGAGAUAACUGGGACAUAACUGAUCUCGAGGAAGAUCGAUGUCGUAACAUCGUAGUAUGUUCCAAUGAGCUUAAGGAAUUCUUGCGAAACUUUUACUUCACUUUAAAUGAUACAAAUGUAAGCUUAUUAAAAAAUUAUGUAGACAUGUACACAAGAGAUGUGAUCGUCGAAAAUGAAAAUGAAAAAGACAUAAUAAUAUCAAUUUUAAAUAAAAUUACCACUGGUCUUGAAGAAGGUAUAAUCAAAGUAUUUGUUAAAGAGACUCAGAAACUUAUGCUUGACAAGGAAAAAAGAAAUCACGCAAACGUAAAUAUUCUGUCAAAUUAUGUCGCGAACACUAUUAAAACUGUUCAAGACUUUGCGAAACAGCUGUUAAAAUCAGAAUUGCUUGUGUUGAGAGAUAAGAUUUUAGCAGUCAUAUUGGACGAUUUGAACGUCAAUUUGGAUGUAGAUUUGGGGAAUUUGGAAAGGGAAUUUGUAAGGAAAAUUUGCGCCAUGUUUCGUCUCUGCAAUGGUAGAUAUAGAGGUAGGAGGCAAGGCUCAAGCGAUCUCAAUAAGGACAAUCUACAUGUACAAGUACUAUUAACUUUGGCUAGUGAUAAUACGACAGAUAUAACUAAUAAUUCGUAUCGGAAAUUUUUGAACGAAGUAACUUCUAGAAAUAAUACUGUUAAUAGAUUUACGAGUUCUAUGGGAAAUGUAACUGUGACGAGAACCACACUCAUUAAUAACGUUACAAAUUGGUAAUUUUUUCAAUCUGGCAUUUUUAUGCCUACUUACUUUUAUCCCUACUUGCCUAGAA